UAACUUGGUCAACGAGGACUUUGAACACACACAACUCUGCUAAUUCACAGAGGAAUUUCAACAAGCCAAACCGGAAGGGAGUGAAUUGUUUAAACAUACGGCACUGAGAGGGGGGCGUUGACUGAGGUUGUUUUUUCCUCACCUUUUUUCUCUGUGUUGGAUUCAGUGAGCUGCAGACUCAGAUAACAGAUAACAAUGUGGAAAGCAGCAGUGUUUGUGCUGCUGCUGCUACACAUGGAAAUGCAGGUGAAUGGUGCUGCAGGUAAGGCCGAGGAAUCUGUGGCAGACAACUCUAGACCUGAGAAAAAGGUGAAGAAAGAGCAGGCUGAAGCCACCAACACCAUUCCUGCAAGUGACACUCCGAGUUUCUUGGGUAACUUGCUGGUGGUGCCCAUGGAUGGGAGCCACUGGAUAGGAAUAAAGGCCAUUGCCCAAGAAAUGGGUCGCCGUGGACACCGGGUCACCGUGGUGAUACCAGAGAUCAGCAUGCGGAUGGGUCCAGGGAAACACUACCAAACAGUGACCUAUCCUGUUCCCUAUGACAAGGCUCAUAUUGAUGCUGUCAUGUCCAAAAACAAGGACAUGUUGAAAAAAUCUGCACUGUCAUUUACAGAGAAGAUAAGGAAACGUAUCACACAAAUCCAGAGGAUAACAGGCAUUAUCCACGACACAGCGGAGAGCCUACUGUUCAAUGGCAGUCUGGUCUCACAUCUGGCACAGCAGAACUUUGAUGCUGUCCUAACAGGUCCCAUGGUCCCCACAGGCUCAUUAUUAGCUCGGAAAUUAGGUAUCCCCACUAUAAAUUUGCUGAGGGGAAUGCCGUGUUCUUUGGAUAUGACGUCUGCAGGAUGCCCCUCCCCGCCCUCAUAUGUUCCCCGCUACUUCACCAGAUACACGGACAAAUUGAACUUCAAGGAGAGAGUUGUUAACACUUUGGUGGCUUUACUGGAGCCGCUGAUGUGCCGACUGAUGUACUGGCACUUUGACACAAUAGCCUAUCAGUUCCUGGGAGAGGAGGUGGGCGUAGCUGAAGUGCUGUCUGACUCCGCUAUCUGGCUGCUGAGAACUGACUUCACACUGGACUUCCCACGCCCCCUCAUGCCUAAUAUAAUACCAGUUAGUGGAAUCAACUGCAAUGUGAGACAUCCUCUGCCUGAGGAUUUGGAGUCCUGGUUGUCAGGAGAGCAUGGGUUUGUCGUGUUCACUCUGGGCACCAUGGUGUCAGAUCUGCCAGAGGAGACGACCUCCGUCUUUCUUGAAGCCUUUAGACAGAUUCCACAGAAGGUAAUAUGGAGGUACACCGGGCAGGUUUCCGAGGAUGUCCCAGAAAAUGUGAAGCUGAUGAAAUGGGUGCCUCAGAACGACCUGCUGGCUCAUCCUGGAGCUCGGGCCUUCAUCACUCAUGCCGGCUCACAUGGUCUCUUUGAGGGACUGUGUCAUGGGGUUCCCAUGGUGAUGGUGCCAAUCUCAGGAGACCAGCCCGACAACGCGGCGAGGUUGGCGAGCAGAAGAGCCGGAGUCGUGCUGGAUAUUUUUUCGAUCACUACAGAAAGCCUUCUUCAGGGACUGAAUGAGGUCAUCAAUGACACCAGGUAUAAAGAGAAUGUGCAGAAGCUGUCAGCUCUCCAUAAAGACCGGCCAGUCGACCCACUGGACCUUUCAGUGUACUGGACUGAAUUUGUGAUGCGGCACAAAGGGGCAAAACAUCUCAAAGCUGCUGUCCAUGACCUCAACUGGGUCCAGUACUUCUGCCUGGAUGUAAUAGCACUACUUGUUACUGUGGUGCUGGUUUUUAUCAUAGUGACAGUAAAAUGCUUGAAACUAUGCCUCAGGAAACUGAGCAGGAAGAGGAAGCAGGAAUAACCUGCUGCUACAUUUACACCUUCAGCCAGCAAUAAAAAACAUAACUGUCAUUAAAAUAUGAAUGCAAAGUUAAUGCGGUUAUGGAUUAAAGAUGUGACAGAAUGUGUGAAGAAUAAUUGAAGUAAUGGGGUGAUCAAAAAACCUUUGUUUAACAGAAAAUACAGAAUAUUAUUAUAUUCCAUUAUGGUCUGGGCUUGAAGGACAAUGAGGGGCAUUAAUGUCCGCCCUUCCUGGGUGGGAACAUGGUGUACUCUACAGACAGAGCAACAGUUACAGCACGAGCGAAGCCGCCUGAGUAUGUCCAAGCCUCAUUGCUGCCAAGAAAUUUUAUUAAAAAGGAAAAACUGAAAUAUCGAAUUGAAAAGGACCCUUUAUUCAGUACUUAGUUGAAGCCUCCUUGGCAGCUAUUACAGCAUUGAGUCUUCUUGGGUAUGAUGUGACAAGCUUUGCAAACCUGGAUUUUGGGAUUUUCUGCCAUUUGUCUCUGCAGAUCCCCUCAAGCUCUGUUAGGUUGGAUAGGGAACCAAGGUGGACAGCCAUUUUCAGGUCUCUCCAGAGAUGUUUGAUUGGGUUCAAGUCAAGGCUCUGUCUGGGCAACUCAAGGACAUUCACAGAGUUGUCCCGGAGCCUCUCCUGCCCUGUCUUUGCUGUGUGCUUAGUGUUAGUUAGCUUGCUCCCAAUUUGGACGUCCUUCUUUACCCAAUAGGAGACUUACUGUCAAGUUCAGGCUUUAUCACAAAUAAAUAAUUGAU